AUGGUAUCGACAAAAUUAGAGGUACCCACACAAAACAUAAACACUCAUCUUGUUGACGCAUACGUUGCUUUGCUACUACUCAUAGUUUUUCUCUCGUUGGUGGGUAAUAUCGUCGUCCUGACGGCCUUAUACACCCAGCAGGCAAACCUAAGAAACAGCAUGGACGUUUUCAUCACUAACAUAGCUGUGUCGGACAUUAUUUCGUCAUUUUCUGCGACAUUUACUCUGAACAAUGCUAAGUUACAGUGGAGCAGCGGAGCGGGAACUUGUAAAAUGUGCUAUUAUCUUCUCUUCGUGUCGUAUGCAGUUGUCAUUUUAACGCUUUGCUUCGCAAGCGUGGAUCGUUUUUUUGGAAUUUGCCUUCCAACCAAGCGCAGGCAAGUUUUUCUCCUCAAGAAACAAGUGAUUUCCAUCUGUUUGAUAUGGAUUUUAUCGUGUGUAUUGUUAGCACCAUAUAUUUACGCUUACGAUGUUAAAGAAUUCAAACUUCCCAAAGAGAACACAAAAGAACUAUGUACGCAAACUUGGUCUUCUGACAGCGAGCAAAUAUACUUUACUUUAGUUAUGUUCUGUCUGUUAUUUCUGUCACCCAUCGCAUUGUUUGUCUUUGUUUUCUUCAAAGUAUUCCAAAAAUUACACGAACCAAGAAGUACAGCUUCCGGAGGCAACGCUAUUCUUCACAAAAAGAGAAAAAGAAUGACGUUAAUGCUUUUAUUGAUGGUUACUUUGCACUAUAUUUGUUGGAGUCCCUCCAUUAUCGCUAACUUAGCUCACAUUUUUGGAACUGAGACAACUCCUAGUUAUUUUAACCUGUGGCUGGUUUUUGAGUUGCUGCACUUUCUGCGUAGUCUGAUUUAUCCAUCGAUUUACUUCACUAUGUACCUAAAUGUUCGCGAAAGCCUAAAAGCACUUAUUUCUUUCAAGUCGUCAUCGAGAUCAAAUCCCGUUAACAGCACAGCUGCUACUCAAGCUAAGGAUCUUUCCCUGCCGUCUUCUGUGCCGGUGUCUUCAGCGGCAUCUGAUCGUUCAGCGUCCUAUGUCCCAGAUGAUGACAUGUACACGAGUAUGUAA